AGUAACGCUCAACCCAAACCAAAUCAAUUAAUAUUAACUUAACACCACCUCGUACAGUAGUUAUGGUUCAACCCUGCCCCGCUUUUCAUAGCCAUGGACCCGACCCAAACCCUUAAAUCUUCAACUGCUUCCAAGCUCCCCAUCAAACGCAAAACGCCACCCAACUCUUUCACAUCAUCUGCCCCCGAUUCUCCUCCCCCUGCCGUCGCCGCCGUGCACGGCGGAUGUAACACCCAAGAACCCGCCCCUCCUCCCUUCAAGUUUCAUCGGAUAUGGACCGAAUCCGACGAGAUCCGUUUCCUCCAGGGCCUUCUCGAUUGCGCCGCCGAGAGCCUCGCCUUCCCGCGGGACCUCAACGUUUUCUACACUCGAUUCUCCAGCACUAUGUCGCAGCCCUAUACCAAGUCCCAGCUCUCCGAGAAGCUCCGCCGUCUCCGUAAGAAGUUCCGGGUAAUCUCCGCUCGCCUGGCCAAGGGCCAUGAUUGGUCACUUCUCUCCCCCCAUGAUCGGGCUCUCUACGAUAUCUCCAAGCGCCUUUGGCACCCGGAUUUCGCCGCCACCUCGCCGUUUUGUUAUAGCAGCGGCGCCGAGGGGCCGAGAAAUUCCGGGGGCUUGGUCGGGGUGGCAGUCAGCUUCAUGCCUUCAUUGCCAUCAGUCUUGGCCUCCAAUCACUCUAACAAUAACGCGAACGAGAAGGCUAAUGAUGAGAUUGGGUUGGAUGGGGAUGUGAAGUUAAGAGAGGUGAAUGUGGAGUUCGAUGAUGAUGAUGGGAUAGUCGUCGGAAAAAUGGCGAAUUUGAGUGGUCUUAAACCUAAUUGUGGGGUUGGGGAGGCCACUGCGAAAGUGGUAGUGGAUGUGUUUGAUGAGUGUCUGAAAGAGCUUAGGAAGGAUCUUGUCGGAGAAAAAUCGAAUCUUGACGCCUCUUUUAAACAGGGGAAUGUGGAGAGCUUUGAGGAGCGAUGGCGGAAACAAAGGGUUGCAGAAUUGGAUGUUUUCUCGAAACGAAUGAGAGAAUACAUUUGUUACUAUUCGAGUUACUUGGAUGUUAACAAGUUCUUCCAUUUACUUCUGAUGAAAUACUUAUGA